CAAUUAAAAAACCUUUUUACAUAAAUUAUUAAAAAAAUAAAUAGAGUUAAAAAAAUGAAAGAAAGUCAAAGCUAAGCAAAUUAAAUCUAACAAACUGAUCAGAAAAUAAAUUUAUUUUUAUAGGAAUGUUCUUAAAUACUAUAAGAAACAAUAAAUUAAGGAGCUAAUCUGCUUUUUGAAGAAAUGAAAAAGAACAAAAUUUUUGAAUAAGAAUAGCUAAGCAAUGCUGAAGAAAAAAUGAAACAAGAAAUUAAAGAAUGUACAGAUACUACUUUGGAUAUAUUUGAAUAAUACAUUAGAAAUAAUUUUUUUGAUUGCGAUGAAUUGCUCAAGCACAAAGAUUAAUAAAAGAUAAACAAAAAUUAUAGUAGCAAUUUACUGAAGCAAGUAGAAUAGUAAAAGUAGGAACAUAGCUAAUAAGAGGAAAGGAAAAAAAUGAAUCAGAUUAGCAAAUACAUAUAAAAAGAUGUUGAAGAAAACUAUCAAUAGCUAAAAGACAAAGUUUAAAAACUUUAUCAUAACGACGAAGUUAUGAAGGAUGUUGUUUUAAUAGAAAAAUGCAACUCCUAUUUAACAAAUGCAUAGAAUUAACUAGAAAAGUCAUAGUCAGCUCUCGAAGAACUUCUUUAAUGA